GUCGAAUUGAUUUCCAACAAGAAGUCGGUUGCAUUGUGAUUGCCCAAGGAAUUUUAUCUACAGUUCAUUACCCCGAUGCGACCGGUUAUGAUACUCUUCUUACACACUACAAGAUCCAUAUUACCAACACCUCUGAUCAUGCUGAACCUUCCUUCCUCAAUCUAGAAGAGCAUAUCACUACACCUUCCGAUCCAAACAGAGUUAAUGAGCCUUUUUCCAACACAUUACCUGGAAGUCUUUUUCCCGCCGAUUUUUUCACGGUCACAAAAACAUACUAUUGCGUAGUGUUCCACGAUCCUACAAAUACAAAAAGAGAUGAAGGACAUCACCUUGGAUCUACUUUGGUCACUGACCCUAACGAAUAA